GAGAGCACCGCUGGAGGAGACCUGCUCAAGGACCAUGGAUAAUGUUCUUGUUUUCCAGUUAAUAUUUCUUUUCUUGAUUAUCUUACCUCACAGCUAUUCACAGACGACAGGUGCGCCUGUCUAUUGUUCUCAAGUGGAGAGAACGACAGUAAGUGGAGGAAGUUCCAGUCGCUCGUGUGGAUUAUCUUCAAGCAAGAGCCUCACCAGCUGGAAGCUGGAUUUGAACUCAACGUUCUUCGUCAACAGCAUUGUUGUUGAGGCCGUCUCCAACGACUCUGAUUCAGUCAGCGUAGACGUUGGGACGACUUCAUGCAACACCUUCCAAUUAAGAGAAUGUUACGUCCCGUGCUUCUCUCGUCAAGUGGUGCAAAGAGCGGGCUGCUACGUCACUAUCAAGAUCACGUGCAGCGUCCCCAACGUUAAAGGUCGAUACCUGCGCGUGCGCCAGAACAGAGUCAGUGAACUCGAGCUGUGCGGAGUAAAGGUCAUGGGGGAUAGAAAAACCAACAGAGCGCUGAAGAACUACGCACUGUGGGCAUGGUGCUGGAAUAAAAUGUACUACGGUUACUUCAGUUCCGCCAGUUACGCAGUUGAUAGAAAGCCUGAUUAUUGCGGCUACUCCAAGUCAUCCACAACGAUGCUCCAGUGGUGCCAGGUCGACUUGGGGAAGCCAAUUUUAGUAUCACAGAUUAUCAUUAUCAGCAAAGACAAAAAACUGGAGAACUUCGAUGUGGACCUGGGCCUUCAUACAUCGACAGGACGUAUAUACUACCCGUGUUUUCACUUCAGUGGCAAGGCUGGAGUUAAGACGACCUUAAACUGUACUCAGUCCAUCUGGGGUCAGUGGGUCCGAGUGUCAAUGACAGGCCAGAGCCUCGUUCUGUGCGAAGUUGAAGUAUAUGGUGACGCGGAUGCCACUACCCCAGUGUCGGAUCUUAUAUCAAACUUUACCUGGGGCUCGAUUAUCAAGUAUGAAGAAAAUGCAACCUCUCUUGAAACAUUAGAAGAAAACUCAAACUCGUCUUCAGUGUCCAAUACUACUGACGACAUCAGUGGAUCUGUAGAUAUGGUGACAGGUGGACCAAUGGAAGAAUUUGUGGAUGACGAGACCACGACUUACUGCAGCACCUGCAAUUGCCACUUUCCAGUUCCAAAGAGUCCGGAAAUUGUCCAGCAGGAAGUGAAGGAAGCACAGAAGGAGUUAAAGGUGGAGACUAAAGAGAUGAGCCAGCAGGUCCGCAAGAAGACCAGUGUCCCUGACCAGCGCCUGUCUUCUCAAGCUGUUGGACUGAUUUGUGUUGUGACCAUCUCGUCCAUCUUUACUGUCGUUGUCGCCUGCGAUGUUUGUCGUCUGUUUCAUUAUUUACUCCACAGGAAAGACGAAUCUCUCCUGACGAAGUAGGCGAGAAAAAGCGAGAGGCUUAGUCCCUUACUUGAAGAUGAUACCUUUAUAUCCGCAUCUUUGGAUUUAAUCGUUAAAUAAAUUCUAAUUGUAGAAAUCACGACUUUUCUCCAAGAAAAGUUAUAAAAGAAAUAUUUUAAAAGUAUAUAUGUGUAGUUUGAUAAAUGUUUGGAAUAUAUUACACACUGAGCAUGCACAAAAAAAUAGCACAUGCCCGUAACAGCGUUUACACUUCUUUGAUCACGUGACCAGGGUGGACUUACCAUUGACGCACAUCUUUUAACACUUGUUUUAAUUACUUUUAAUUACUUUACUACUGUACUGUUUGUAUUUUCAUAACAUGCUAAUGCAAUGGAAUAGAUAUCGAAACUCUUCUAAUGGAUACAUCAAAAGUAAAGAUCAGAUGAUUUUGACAUUUCAAGCAACACUUUCUCUGUUAAUUUAUCUAUUCUUUUUAAAGAUAAAUGUAUAAUUUGCACAUAAUAUCAGUCCUGGAAAAUAUCAAGUUUUUAGUCAGCACCUGCAAACCCUUUUGUCUCAAUGUUCUGACUUCACUCUCAUGUUAUGUGUGCUCCGAAAUAUUACUACAAUUUUAUCACUUUUUCAGCUAUUUGACAGAUGUGAUGUGUGCUUCUAAACUUCUAAACUUCUAAACAGAGUUAGUUAAGUCCUUGUUACUCUUCGAGGACUCGGUUGUGGGCAGCUUCCCUCUGUUGGGCCCAUGUGGUUCCGAUGUCCUUUGCCUCACUCUCUACUGUUGUUUUCCAAGUCUGCUUUGGUCUCCAAACUCUCCUCUUCCCCUGAGGGUUCCAGUCAA